CCCGGAGCCGCUUCCCCUUGCUGCUGGCGCCCCAAGCUUCCUCCCGGCCAGCAAGGACGCUGCCACUUCGACUUUGUCCUCUGGUCAACGAGGCUGCAAAGCUGCAACUAAGUGGAGUUGGCCUCCCUGCCCACCUGUGGAAGAAGCUCUCGCUGAUUGAUGCGACAUAGACUUGUUUCCCCUCCGGCGUCCCCUCCCACAGAUGCAGCAUCACCCAGUGAAUGUACAUUAGGCUGGUUUUUCCCCCCAGCUUCGGGCUUUGUUUGGGUUUGAUUGUGUUUGGCUCUUCGCUAAGCUGAUUUAUGCAGCAGAAUUCCCGUCGGCUGGAGAGAAACAAAAGCUCUUUUCUUUGUCCCAGAGCUGGCUGCGGAGCCCCGCUCGCGUUGCCGCCCCGAGCCUUUGGCAGUCGGAGGAGGUGCUUCUCGCGGAGAUUUCGGGGACCCACCGCGCCGACCUGGGAGGGCCGCAGGGGCCCUGAGAUGCCGAGCAGUGCCUGGGCCAGCGUACCUGCACCGCUUCUUCCGAGCCGCGGGGUCCGCCUGCCGGGCCUGCUGGAAACAUCCUAGCGACACUUGGUCCGCGGGCCCCAAGGUGCGCCUGGGAGGCGCGAGCGCGCAUCCAGAGAGCAGCCAAGCGGCGGGCGCUGUGUGGGCUGCUUUGCAUUAUGUGCUGCUCGGCCCUGGCUUUUCUCACUGCCGCAUUUGUCUGCCUUCAAAACUGCCGGCCAGGUCCUACCCCAUUCCUCCGGGCGGCCUGGGUGUUUUCAGUUGUUCUUGGACUGGGCCAAAGUGAAAACAGCAGAUGUGCAUCUUCGAAUGCAGCAUCCUGCACCAAGUGCCUUGCGCUAGAUCCAGAAUGUGGAUGGUGUGCUCAAGAGGAUUUCAUUUCAGGUGGAUCAAGGAGUGAACGUUGUGAUACUGUUUCCAAUUUAAUAAGCAAAGGAUGUUUGAUUGAUUCAAUAGAAUACCCGUCUGUGAAUGUAAUACCAACUGAAAAUGAAAUUAAUACCCAGGUGACACCAGGAGAAGUAUUGGUCCAGCUGCGACCAGGAGCUGAAGCUAAUUUUAUGCUGAAAAUUCAUCCUCUGAAGAAAUAUCCUGUGGAUCUUUAUUAUCUGGUUGAUGUCUCGGCAUCAAUGCACAAUAAUAUUGAAAAACUAAAUUCCAUUGGAAAUGAUUUAUCUAGAAAAAUGGCAUUUUUCUCCCAUGACUUUCGUCUUGGAUUUGGUUCAUACGUUGAUAAAACAGUUUCACCAUAUAUUAGCAUCCACCCAGAAAGGAUUCACAAUCAAUGCAGCGACUACAAUUUAGACUGUAUGCCUCCCCAUGGAUACAUCCAUGUACUAUCUUUGACAAAGAACAUCACUGAGUUUGAAAAAGCGGUACAUAGACAGAAGAUCUCUGGAAAUAUCGAUACACCUGAAGGAGGUUUUGAUGCUAUGCUUCAGGCAGCUGUCUGUGAGAGUCAUAUUGGAUGGCGAAAAGAAGCUAAAAGAUUGCUGCUGGUGAUGACUGAUCAGACAUCUCAUCUUGCUCUUGAUAGCAAAUUGGCAGGCAUAGUGGUGCCAAACGAUGGAAACUGCCAUCUGAAAAACAACGUCUAUGUCAGAUCAACAAGCAUGGAACAUCCCUCGCUAGGCCAACUCUCAGAAAAGUUAAUAGACAACAACAUUAAUGUCAUCUUUGCAGUUCAAGGAAAACAGUUCCAUUGGUAUAAGGACCUUCUACCCCUCUUGCCUGGUACCAUUGCUGGUGAAAUAGAAUCCAAGGCUGCAAACCUUAAUAAUUUGGUAGUAGAAGCCUAUCAGAAACUUAUUUCAGAAGUGAAAGUUCAGGUGGAAAACCAGGUAAAAGGCAUCUAUUUAAACAUUACCGCGAUCUGUCCAGAUGGGACCAGAAGGAGAGGCACAGAAGGAUGCAGAAACGUAACGAGCAAUGACGAAGUUCUUUUCAAUGUAACAGUUACAAUGAAAAAAUGUGAUGUCACAGGAGGAAAAAGCUAUGCAAUAAUCAAACCUAUUGGUUUCAAUGAAACCACUAAAAUUCAUAUACACAGAAACUGCAGCUGUCAGUGUGAUGAAAUCAGAGGACCUAAAAGAAAUUGUGUAGAUGAAACUUUACUAGACUCCAAGUGUUUCCAGUGUGAUGAGGAUAAAUGUCAUUUUGAUGAAGAUCAAGUCCCUUCUGAGAGUUGCAAGUCACACAAGGAUCAACCUUUUUGCAGCGGUCGAGGAGUUUGUAUUUGUGGGAAAUGUUUGUGUCAUAAAACUAAGCUUGGAAAAGUAUAUGGAAAAUACUGUGAAAAGGAUGAUUUCUCUUGUCCAUAUCACCAAGGAAAUCUGUGUGCUGGGCACGGAGAAUGUGAAGCAGGCAGAUGCCAGUGCUUCAGCGGCUGGGAAGGAGAUCGGUGCCAGUGCCCGUCAACAUCAGCCCAGCACUGCGUCAAUCCAAAGGGCCAAGUGUGCAGUGGAAGAGGCACGUGUGUAUGUGGCAGGUGCGAGUGCACUGAUCCCAGAAGCUUCGGCCGCUUCUGUGAACACUGCCCCACAUGUCACACAGGCUGCAAUGAAAACUGGAAUUGUGUGCAAUGCCUUCACCCCCACAAUCUGUCUCAAGCUAUACUUGAGCGGUGUAAAUCCUCAUGUGCUUUCAUGCAACAGCAUUAUGUGGACCAAACAUCAGAAUGCUUCUCUAGUCCAAGCUAUGUGAGGAUAUUUUUCAUCAUUUUCAUAGUUACAUUCUUGAUUGGGUUGCUUAAAGUCCUUAUCAUUAGACAGGUGAUAUUACAAUGGAAUAGUAAUAAAAUGAAGUCCUCAGCAGAUUACAGGGUGUCGGCCUCAAAAAAGGACAAGUCAAUUCUGCAAAGUGUUUGCACAAGAACAGUAACCUACCGACGUGAGAAGCCUGAAGAAAUAAAAAUGGAUAUCAGCAAAUUAAAUGCUCAUGAAACUUUCAGGUGCAACUACUAAAAAGAUUUUUUAAAAAGUACUUUAUGGGAAACUGGAUUUUUAAUAAUUGCUCCUAAAAUUAUAGUUUUAGAAGUCACAGGAGGAGACAAAUUGUUCUAGAUCAUGCUAGUUGCUGGUUUUCACUGGAAUGGAGACUGACAAGCAUCCUCAUCAUCAUGUGACUCACAUCGCUGCUGACUUUUUCAGAGAAAAAAAUGUGUCUUACUACUGUUUGAGACUAGUGUCAUUGUAGCACUUUACUGUAAUAUAUAACUUAUUUAGAUCAGCAUAGAAUGUAGAUCAUCUGAAGAGCACUGAUUACACUUUACAGGUACCUGGCCAUUCCUAAGCUUCCCAGAGAGAAGCAAUGGCAUUGUGUCACUGCAAGGGUACAGUAAUCCCUGCAUGGAACAUGCAAAUGAAAAAUAAUAAGGCAUUUAUUCUAAUGUUGCCAAACACUUCAACAUUUGACAGUGAAUCUACAAAAAUAGCUAGAUGAGUAAAUGAUUAGUGUUUCACUCAAGAGGUGAACAGAUAAAACAUUAAUCUUGAGGGUUAUUGCUUUUGAAACUAGUUUUAUGCAUAUGUGUGUUUGUUUUCUUCUUUUUACAAGAUGGAUACUAAUUCCAACAUUCUCUCUUCUUUGCCUUUAUGGUUUGGUUUUCUUUCUUACAGGAUAAGUUUAUAUAAGUCACAGAUGACUGGAUUAAAUAAGUGCUAAGUUACUACUGCCAUAAAAACUGAAUAAUACAAUGUCACUUUAUUAGAAUACUGGUUUUAAAAGCUGAAUGUUUAAUAAGGGACACUGUAAAGUAACAUCAAAAUUUGAACAGCUUCGUUGUUUGAAGAUGUGGAGUCUUAUAUCUUCUUACCUGGUUAACUGGACAGACUAUUUCACCAUUUCAUUUGUCUAAUCAUCAGGUUAAAAUUCAGAAGAUAUUUAGAAACUCUGCCUUGUCAAGCAAAGUGCCACAAUUUUGACUGAGCUUUCUCAGAUAUUUACUCUAAGUAGAUAUUAGCAUUUUUAAAUUAAAAGUUAUAUUAGGCUAUAUAAAAUAGUGUCUCCUCAACUCCACUGACUAGAAUUUUAAAAGUAUGCAAUUGGCAGAAGAUAAACAGUAUCUAAGAAAUAAGCUAAUUCAUCAUUUUAGUUAGUCAGGGAAUCAAGUUUAAGUGAUGUCUCAAAAACCAUCCCAGUGAUUAAGUGGCAGCAUUUGAAGACAAUUUCUAUCUUACUGCCAGGCUAGUGUUCAUUGCACAAUAUCAUGCUACCUCUUGAGUCUUUAGAAUAUCCAAUUGGCAAGUGUUUUUAAAUGUGAUUUACUGAAGUCUUAAGUAUAUGAGCAUGAGAAAAUUGCAAAGCAAAGCUGAAAGAGUCAUUCAGACUGAAUUGGCCAUGACUAGUUGCAAUCUUUCCUGCCAAUCAACUUCCAAGAGUUAACUACAGGUGUGAAAUCCAUUCAUGCCUUAGCCUGUGUGAACAGCACCCCCUAAAAUUGUGCGGUGCUCACCCCGAGAUUGAUACAGAGGCUAUGAGUUUUUAUCUUCCCCAAUGGAAACUUCUUCACAAUUACCACAGCCCUACAGAUUUAUUCUCAUUUUACUGGCUAGAAGUCCAGUAGUCAGAGCUUUGCCUAUGACAACAAUGUCUUUUUAUAAUUAACAUCCCAGAUUUGCUGUCAUUCAGCACUUGAGUUAAUCAAAGUGCUAGAUAUAUGCAUUUCAAUGAAGACUAAAGUCUGCACUCCACAUUCUACCCAAAAGAGUAUUUUAAUACCUAAGUUGCUCUGGAGCUAACAAAUAGAGCAACUCCAUUAGCUGUCCCCAUAGCCAAGCAAUUAUGACUCUAAGUUGAACUGUAUUUCCUUCCCCAAAUGAGAGAUUGGGGACACUGACAUAAUUCAGUACUGUGACUCACUUGUUUAAGAUACCCUUGACCACCAAGGAUAACGUAAAAAUCACAUUUUUCAGUUUGUCUGUCACAUGUAGCAUCCUUUUUAAAAGGAAAAUAAAUUGAUACCUGACAG